CUGGCGGAUAGGAGGCGCUUUUGGACAAACGCACGCAUCCCUCCAUUUCCCCGCGGCAGAGCAGAGGCGCAUUGUGUGUCGGAAAUGGGAAAACCCUGAGCCGUGAGGUUGUCGCUGCUGGCUUCACUUGAGUAUAGAGAGUUACACGACGGCAGAGAGAGCGAAGAACAAGCAACCCUGGAGUUUUAAGCGGAGGAGACGUUAGUUCUUGGAGUUUUUUUCGCUAUGAGCUGGGGAACGGAUCUUUGGGACCAGUUCGAGAAUCUCGACAAACACUCACAGUGGGGCAUCGACUUCCUAGAGCGCUAUGCAAAGUUUGUCAAGGAGCGCCUGGAGAUCGAGCAGACCUAUGCAAAGCAGCUACGGACUCUGGUUAAGAAAUACUGCCCCAAGCGCUCCAAAGAAGAUGAGCCCAGGUUCACAUCCUGUCUGUCAUUCUACUCCAUACUGAACGAGUUGAAUGACUAUGCAGGUCAGCGAGAGGUCGUUGCCGAGGAGAUGGGGCACAGAGUCUAUGGGGAGCUGAUGAGGUACUCACAGGACCUGAAGGCAGAGAGGAAACAUCAUCUCCAGGAGGGACGAAAGGCCCAACAGUAUCUAGACCAGUGCUGGAAACACAUGGAUAAUAGUAAAAAGAAGUUUGAACGGGAAUGCAAAGAGGCUGAGAAAUCACAGCUCAUCUACGAAAGGCUAGACAAUGAUAUCAACGCCACAAAGUCAGAGGUGGAAAAGGCAAAGUCCCAGCUGUAUCUGAGACAGCACAUGGCGGAGGAGAGCAAGAACGAGUAUGCAGCCCAGUUGCAAAACUUUAACUCUGAACAGUGGAAACAUUUCAACGUGGCCAUCCCUCAAAUAUUCAAGAAUCUGCAAGACAUGGAUGAACGGCGGACGGUCAAGCUUGGCGAGAUGUACCGGUGUUUUGCUGAGGUGGAACGAAGAGUCAUUCCCAUCAUCUCAAAAUGCUUGGAGGGCAUGGUGACUGCCGCUAAAAAUGUGAACGAGCGUAGGGAUUCUGGUAUUGUAGUGGAGUCAUUCAAGUCGGGGUUUGAACCCCCCGGUGAUUUCCCCUUUGAGGACUUCAGUCAGAACAUCCAACGAACAGGAUCAGAUGGCACCAUUGGCACCCCCAAAAUGGAAGGAGGCAAACCGGAUCCUAAACAUGCUGUUAGCAGGACCAAAAACAAACUCUGGCUUUUUGGGAAGAAACCGAAGAUUCCCCCAUCCAUCCCUCCCCCUUCUCUCCCGAGUUUUCCCUCUGGCCAUUUCCAGACUCCUAAAUUUUCUACAGAACGGAUAGCUAACCAUCUAUCUGAAAUGAAAAAUGCAAAAUCUAAGAUCCCAUCCUUCCGAACUGUGAAAAGAGGGGCGCCAACACUAGAGGACCUCAGCCACCUUCCCCCUGAACAGAGACGCAAAAAACUUCAACAUAGGAUUGAUGAGCUGAAUAAAGAGCUGCAGAAAGAAAUGGACCAAAGAGAUGCUCUUAACAAAAUGAAGGAUGUCUAUGAAAAGAAUCCUCAGAUGGGAGAUCCCGGAAGUCUCCAGCCUAAGAUUUCAGAGACCAUAUGCAACAUGGAGAAGCUCCGCUCUGAGAUCCAUAAAAAUGAGAGUUGGCUAGCUGAGGUUGAAGGAAAGCACGGAUCCCGCAGUGAGCGACGGGCCAGUGCAGAUGUGAACCACCACGCACCUCACGGCAGAGAGAGCCCUGAAGGCAGUUACACAGAUGAUCACAGUCAGGAGCAUCGGUCUCCACCGCAGCCAGACCCACAUGAAUUUGAUGAUGAGUUUGAUGAUGACGAUCCUCUCCCUGCCAUCGGCCACUGCAAAGCUCUCUACUCUUUUGAUGGUUCUAACGAAGGCACGUUGGUAAUGAAGGAGAACGAGGUGCUGUACGUCAUAGAGGAAGAUAAAGGUGACGGAUGGACGCGGGUCCGGAAACAAGGGGGAGAGGAGGGCUACGUCCCCACAUCCUAUGUGGAGAUCACACUGGAGAAAAACAGCAAAGGUUCCUGAUUGGAUGAGUGGGGUUCUGUGGUAUUUGGUGGAUGGGACUCACUGCUGUGGGUCUGUUAGUGGGGCGGAUUUAAGACCAAGAUUGUGUUGGGGCAGGUUGCAUGUUUGCAUGCUGUUUAUGUCAUGACCAUUAACAUCAUUCCAUUGCAGCAGACGUUCCAGAAUAUCAGGGUGUGCUGGGAAGGCAUGGGAGAACGGGAAAAGACGCACUUGAGCAAUAACGGAGAACCCAAAAAUAGUCAUUGCCUGGCACUAACAUAUUGAGCUGAAUGUCUGUCUGUACCGUCAUCUCAUGAUCAUCAUAACGUGCACCUGCAUGAUCCAGCAGCCUUUCAUUUCUCAUUCCAUUUUGAUCAGUUGAACCCUUAUUAGGAUUUUAACCACUUAUUAUCCCAACCACUUUUUUGUCCGUUUCUGUUGACUUUUCUCUUUUGACUACAUUUCCUCAUUGAUGCAUUCCAUGUUAACCAUGAUGUAAGUCUCAAAAGCAUGACCAAUCAGAGUAGAGGAAGCAUGGGUUGGUAGCCAAUGCAACAGUUCCCACAGCAACAUCCACCCACUGGCCCCGCCCUCUUAUUCAUAGUCUGGAGGCUGGAAGGAGCCUGAUGCAGUUCUGCAUUUGACCAGCAGGGGGACCCAACACCAUAUAAAACAAGCAGAGAGACGCCAGCGAGGACCUCUGAACACCAGCCAUCAUCAGAAGUCCUGUAGAGGUUUAUCUGACUCUCAGUGCCCAAAAAACUGCUUGUUCUUGGGCUGCCAGCUCUCUGCGGUUGUCUCUCCAUUUCUCGUUCAGCUCCUGAUGUCACAUCUGCUAAAAGAACAUGCUCACUGCCUCCCCUAACAAGGGACCACAUGUCUCCAGAAUCUGAUAUCAAGUGCGUGUAUUUGUGAAUGUGAUUCUUACAUAUUAAACUGUGUAUGCAUAUGGAUGCAUAUACACAU